AUUGUAUUUUGUUUGAUAAGAGAUAUUAUAGUACUUUGCUCUUAAAAAGAAAUUAUUUGCUGUAUUAAUCUAAGAACAAAAUGUAAAAACUUAUCUAUAAUAUGGUAUUAAACUUGUUGGUAUUCAAGCUAGAAAAUUUCGGUAUUAGCUAUAGGGAACGACUAAAUUUGAAAUUUCCCUUUCUGCAAACGCAGUUAAAUAUAUUUGAAAGAAUAGAAACGAAAAUCAAUUGAAGUUUUAUUUUAUUUUCUUCUCCAGGAGCUUAAAAGAAAUGGAGAACAAGUAGAAUCAAAACUACAAUUUCUCCCUCCAAUCUCUGAUCCAAAAUACAAAAUCAAACCCCCAUACAUUUCUCCACAAGAAAAAAAAGGUUCCAUUUCUGUUGCUCCAUUUCUUUAUGAAAGCUCCAUUCCCACAAUCAUUCCAAUAUAUUUCUUCAACGCAACUCACCCAACUCUUCAACCGCGCGAAGAAUCUGAAUCAUGCCGCCCAAAUCCACGCUCACCUCAUCACCGGAGAUUACAUUUCUUCCCCUUUCCUGUUCAACAAUCUCCUCACCCUGUACUCCAAAUGCGGCCACAUUUCCCAAUCACUUUCGCUAUUUUCAGCUUCGAAUUCAAGAACCGAUUUUGACGGCACGAAGAAUGUGUUCACUUACACAUCCCUUAUCGCCCACCUUUCUCGCUGCAAUUUACCCUCUAAAGCUCUCGCCUUUUUUAAUGAAAUGAGGGUGAGGGGUAUCUCACCCAACCAUUUUACAUUUUCUGCUGUUUUGCCGUCUUGUGGUGGUGCGGCGGUGGGGAGGCAGAUGCAUUCUUUGAUACGUAAACAUGGGUUUGAAUCCGAUGUGUUUGUGGGUAGUGCGUUGGUGGACAUGUAUGCGAAAUCCGGAGAAAUCAUGUGUGCGUGGAGGGUGUUCGAUGAAAUGCCUGAGAGGAAUCUUGUGUCUUGGAAUUCUGUGAUCGUUGGUCUUUUGCGGAACCGGUGUUAUAUCGAGGCGAUUGAUUUCUUCAGGAUCUUGAUUGGGGAGGAUUUGAUAAGACCUGAUCAGGUGAGUUUGUCUAGUGUUUUGAGUGCUUGUGCUAAUAUAUGUGGGGCUGCAAUCGGCAGGCAAGUUCACGGAAUCGUUGUUAAGAACGGGUUGGAGUAUUUAGCUUAUGUCAAGAAUUCUUUAAUGGACAUGUAUUCCAAGUGUGGAGUCUUUGACGAUGCCGAAAAAUUGUUUAGGACAAUCGAAGACAGAGAUGUAGUAACAUGGAAUGUUAUGAUGAUGGGCUUUGUCCAAAACGGUAGUUUCGAGGAAGCUUGCAAUUACUUUUGGAUUAUGAGACGAGAAGGCAUAUUCCCUGACGAGGUGUCGUUUUCGACCGUGCUUCACGCUUGUGCGGGCAUUGCUGCACUCGAUCAGGGCUGUCUGGUCCACAAUCAGAUAACGAAAACCGGAUUUUCAGCAAAUACAUGCGUCGCCAGCUCAUUGGUUACCAUGUACGCAAAAUGCGGUAGCCUCGUCGACGCUAGAAGAGCCUUUGCUGAAAAUCAAGAACACAACGUGAUAUCAUGGACCGCCAUGAUUUCUGCCUACCAACAGCACGGCUGUGCAGAUCGGGUCGUAGAAAUGUUCGAUGAAAUGCUGAAAGCUGGUAUAAAGCCAGACUACAUAACUUUCGUCUCUGUUUUAUCUGCUUGUGGGCAUACGGGGCGAGUUGACGAAGGGUUUUCUUACUUCAAUUUGAUGAGCGAGAGCUACAAAAUGAAUCCAGGGCUUGAGCACUAUGCAUGCAUGGUUGAUUUGCUCGGUCGAGCUGGCAGGUUGAACGAAGCUAAAAGAUUUGUCGAAAAAAUGCCGAUCGAACCCGAUAUUUCCGUUUGGGGAGCAUUGCUUGGAGCAUGCAGAAAACACGGUGAUAUUGAAAUGGGGAAAGAAGUUGCGGAGAGGCUUUUCCAAAUAGAACCGAAUAAUCCAGGUAAUUACGUUUUGCUUCGUAAUAUGUACGCUCGUGGAGGAAGAUUAGAAGAAGCGAACGAAGUGGGGAGAUUGAUGGAGUUCAAUAGGGUUAGAAAAGAGCCGGGGUAUAGUUGGCUUGAUGUGAGAAAUAUGACACAUGUUUUUAAAGCUCACGAUAGAUCGCAUUUUAUGACGAACGAGAUAUAUGAGAAGCUUGGGGAGUUGGAGGAAGUUGUGAGGAAGAAAGGAUAUGUGGCCGAGAUUCAGUAUGCGGUCAACGACGUGGGAGAGUACAAGGAGCGGAGCCUAUGGUACCACAGCGAGAAGUUGGCGCUUGCUUACGGGCUUUUGAGCCUUCCGGUUGGGGCUACUAUUCGAAUCAAGAAAAACCUCCGGACGUGCGGCGAUUGCCACACGGUUAUGAAGUUUGCGUCGGAGAUUUUCGAGAGGGAGAUUAUACUUAGAGAUAUUAAUCGUUUUCAUCGGUUUGCUGGUGGUCAAUGUUCAUGUGGUGAUUAUUGGUGAAAGUUUACUUAUUUAUUUAUUUAUUUUUUUGGCCUUAUAAAUGGUGAAAGAUUGUCAUUAUCAAGAAUUUUUUUGGUGACUGUAAUUAACGACAAGUAGUGUUGAACUUCUUUUAUUCAUC